AUGAGGCUCCUUGUGGCCCCCCUCUUGCUGGCCUGGGUGGCUGGUGCCACCGCCGCCGUGCCCGUGGUACCCUGGCGUGUGCCCUGUCCCCCUCAGUGUGCCUGCCAGAUCCGGCCCUGGUAUACACCCCGAUCAUCCUACCGGGAGGCCACCACCGUGGACUGCAACGACCUGUUCCUGACAGCCGUGCCCCCCGGGCUGCCCGCAGGCACACAGACCUUGCUGCUGCAGAGCAACAGCAUUGUCCGUGUGGACCAAAGUGAGCUCAACUACCUGGCCAAUCUCACGGAGCUGGACCUGUCCCAGAACAGCUUUUCGGACGCUCGAGACUGUGACUUCCGUGCCCUGCCCCAGCUGCUGAGCCUGCACCUGGAGGAGAACCAGCUGACCCGGCUGGAGGACCACAGCUUCGCAGGGCUGACCAGCCUGCAGGAACUCUAUCUCAACCACAACCAGCUCUACCGCAUCGCCCCCGGGGCCUUCGCUGGCCUUGGCAACCUGCUGCGGCUGCACCUCAACUCCAACCUGCUGAGGGCCAUCGACAGCCGCUGGUUUGAGAUGCUGCCCAACCUGGAGAUCCUCAUGAUUGGUGGCAACAAAGUAGACGCCAUCCUGGACAUGAACUUCCGGCCUCUGGCCAAUUUGCGCAGCCUGGUGCUAGCAGGCAUGAACCUUCGGGAGAUCUCCGACUACUCCCUGGAGGGCUUGCAAAGCCUGGAGAGCCUCUCCUUCUAUGACAACCAGCUGGCCCGGGUGCCCAGGCGGGCCCUGGAGCAGGUGCCCGGGCUCAAGUUCCUAGACCUGAACAAGAACCCACUCCAGCGGGUGGGGCCCGGGGACUUUGCCAACAUGCUGCACCUCAAGGAGCUGGGGCUGAACAACAUGGAGGAGCUGGUUUCCAUCGACAAGUUCGCCCUGGUCAACCUCCCUGAGCUGACCAAGCUGGACAUCACCAACAACCCCCGGCUGUCCUUCAUCCACCCCCGCGCCUUCCACCACCUGCCCCAGAUGGAGACCCUCAUGCUCAACAACAAUGCUCUCAGUGCCUUGCACCAGCAGACGGUGGAGUCCCUGCCCAACCUGCAGGAGGUGGGUCUCCACGGCAACCCCAUCCGCUGUGAUUGCAUCAUCCGCUGGGCCAAUGCCACGGGCACCCGUGUCCGCUUCAUCGAGCCACAGUCCACCCUGUGUGCCGAGCCGCCAGACCUCCAGCGCCGCCCAGUCCGCGAGGUACCCUUCCGGGAGAUGACAGACCACUGCCUGCCCCUCAUCUCCCCCCGCAGCUUCCCCCCCAGCCUUCAGGUGGCCAGUGGAGAGAGCCUGGUGCUACACUGCCGGGCACUGGCUGAACCGGAACCCGAGAUCUACUGGGUCACUCCAGCCGGGAUUCGACUAACAGCUGCCCGUGCUGGCAGGAAGUACCGGGUGUACCCCGAGGGGACCCUCGAGCUGCGGAGGGUGACAGCGGAAGAGGCGGGGCUGUACACCUGUGUGGCCCAGAACCUGGUGGGGGCUGACAGUAAGACGGUCAGUGUGGUGGUUGGCCGGGCUCCCCUGCAGCCAGGCUGGGACAAGGGACGGGGGCUGGAGCUCCGGGUGCAGGAGACCCACCCUUAUCACAUCCUGCUGUCUUGGGUCCCCCCACCCAACACAGUCUCUACCAACCUCACCUGGUCCAGCGCCUCUUCCCUCCGGGGCCAGGGCGCCCCUGCUCUGGCCCGCCUGCCGAGGGGCACCCACAGCUACAACAUCACCCGCCUCCUUCAGGCCACGGAGUACUGGGCCUGCCUGCAAGUGGCCUUUGCUGAUGCCCACACCCAGUUGGCAUGCGUAUGGACCAGGACUAAGGAGGCCACUCCUUGCCACAGAGCCUUAGGGGACCGGCCCGGGCUCAUAGCCAUGCUGGCCCUCGCUGUCCUCUUACUGGCAGCCGGGCUAGCCACCCACCGGGGCACUGCUCAGCCCAGGCAGGGCGUGGGUGGGCGGCCUCUCCUUCCAGCCUGGGCUUUCUGGGGCUGCAGUGCCCCCGCGGUCCGAGUGGUGUCCGCGCCCCUCGUCCUGGCCUGGAAUCCAGGAAGGAAGCUGUCCAGGUCUUCAGAAGCAGAAACAUUGUCCCCACCAUUGCUGCAAAAUUCUCAAAGCUCAGCCUGCUCUCCGCAGUAGACAAAUAACUAGGACUCCUUUUGACCGAAAGGGAGGCAGUCUGGGCCAGAUGCCCUGCCCGGAAAGUGACAGGGACCCGCGUGCUUGAGGCCUGGCAGCCAGACCAAGACAGACGGGGCUUUGUAGCGCCAGGGGCGGCUCCCGCCGCCUCCACGAAGUCGCCGUUACCUUCUGGGGGCCUGUCUGCUGACAUUCUGAGGAGCAUCUCCGAGGAACAGGAAGGACUCUGGCUAGAGCCUCCCCUCUCCCUAGUUGUCUGUGUGCCCAGAGGCUCCUGGGCCUCUGCUUGGAUGUCCCCUGCCCAUGUCCCCAGGCCCUUGGCCCACAGGGUGCGCCCCUCUCCUCUUCUCUUCCUCUGUACAGUCUCAGUUGCUUGCUCUUUCCCCUCCUGGGCAAGGGCUGAGGGAAGCCUCUCCUCCCCACCUUGGGGGACCACUCCCACAGUGGGUCCCCGGCCGGACCUGAAGGACAUUUGGGGAGGGGGAUGCCCGGGAACGCCUCAUCUCAGCAAGCCCGGGUUGGCACCGCGAGGUUGACUUUCUAUAGGCAAUUUUGUACCUUUGUGGAG